AUGGCCUCAGAUUCGCCUGUCGCGGUCAUCACCGGUGGUGCUAGUGGCAUGGGACUCGCGCUGGCCGAAGACCUCGCUCAAAAGAAUUGGAAUGUAGCGGUUCUGGAUAUCAAUGACAAGGGAGGCAAGGCCUUAGAGGGAAAAUUCACUGGCAAGGUCUCCUACUUUCGGGCCAAUGUUGUGGACUAUGAAGCUCAAGCUGCUGCAUUCGAAUCGGUAUGGAACUCAUGGGGAAGACUUGAUUUUGUCUGGGCCAACGCGGGAAUCGGCGACAGAAUUCCCUACCUGGACCCACCAGCGAAGCUCGAUGGUAACUCCCCGCCGAAGCCAGAUGUCCUCGUUAUUGAUGUAGAUCUAUACGGCGCGGUAUAUUCAUCAUACCUUGCGCUCUUCUACUUCAGGAAAAACAAGACUGGAGCAGGCAAGCUGGUCAUGACUAGCAGUACUGCGGGUCUCUACCCAAAUAUUGCUCUUCCACUGUAUGGGGCGGCAAAACACGGCGUCGUAGGCCUAGCACGCAACAUGGCGCUCAUCCUUGAAGCCAGAAAGGAGCCCAUAGAGAUCAACUGCAUCUGUCCUGGGCUUGUAAAGACGGGCAUUCCAGCGAAAGAGAUGUUCGACAUAUUUCCUGCGGAGCAUGUAACUCCAAUGGACACUAUACUCCAUUGCAUGAAUCAAUUCAUCGAAGAAGACCUGAAUGGCAGAGUUAUGGAGUGCAGUGGACCGAACAUAAACCGCGUCGAUGCGCCGGAUUAUAGCGAUGAACACUCGCGCUUUUUGAACCACACAUUUCCUAUCAACAUGACAUUUUUGGCAGCCAAUGCCAUGGACGAGCACACCUAG